AUGGAAGGAAUAAAGCGACCGUUAGACGACGUUAUUUCAAAUGAAAAUAAUAACAAAAAACGAAAAUUAUUUGUAACAACAGAUAUAUUCGCUGAUAUGGAACCUGAUACUCCAUUUAGAUCUUGUUAUGAAAGUUUAACCGAUGAACUUAUUUAUAAAAUCUUUGAUUAUCUUGAUGUUAACGAUAUUUAUUUUGGAUUUUUCUAUCUUAAUAAUCGAUUUCAAAAUUUAUAUCUUAAUUCUAAUAUUGCAUAUCAAUUAAAUGUUUCGAAUAUAUCAAAAAGAGAUUUUCAAUCUUAUCAUCAUCAUGUUCUUAAACCAAAUCACGAUCGAAUCAAAAUUUUUCGUCUAUCGAAUCCAUUUACAAUUGAUAUGAUAUUUUCUCCUUCACAUCUUAUUAUUAAUUUUAUUCAAAUUGAAAAAUUAAUCUUAGACAAUAUUAGUUCAAAAUAUCUUCUUAACAUUCUUAAAUAUUUAAUUCAUUUACCACAAUUAUAUUCAUUGAAUCUUUCAAUUAUUGAUUACAUUGACAAUCCUUCGCCUAUUUUUCUUCAUAUAUUUUGUUUAACAAAAUUAAAAUCUUGUCAAUUAACAUAUCAAGUUGAAGAAGACUUAUUAAAUGAUUUUACUCAAUUGGAACAAAGUUCAAUCGAAUAUCUUAUUAUUAAUAGUCAUUUUCGAUAUGAAUCUCUACAAGAAUUCUUACUUUGUCUUCCAAAACUUCGUCAUUUAUCAAUGAAUUCUCUUAUUGGAUCAGACCAUGCAUCAAAAAUCGAGUUUGCUCCAAUUGAACUUAAAGAUUUAAAAUCAAUUUCACUUGAACUUUAUUCAAUACAUUUUCAUCAAUUGAAAAACUUAAUUACAAAUUGUUUUAAACAUAUUGAGAAAUUAAGUAUAACAACAUUUAAUGAUUCAACAUAUUUAUCUGGAAAACAAUGGCAACAAAUCAUUUCAUCUUCAUUACCUAAUUUACGUAUUUUUGAUCUACAAAAUAAUUAUAAUUCAAUGUGGAAUAAAUUUGUAUAUGCGUGGUUAAGUACCGAUUUUCAAUCGAGUUUUUGGAAAGAUAAACAAUGGUUUUUCCAACAUUGUUACGAUGGUGAAUUAAAAUCAAAUAAUGGAAUAUUUUUUUCAACAAAUCCAUAUCGAAGAAAAGAUUAUCAAUUUUAUUGGAAUGGUGAUCAUAAUCGUACUAAUUCAAAUAUGAAACAAGAUGAUUUUAAAUCAAUUCACAAUUUAUUUCUACAUGAUGCACCAAAUAAUAAUGAACCUGUUAGUUAUUUUCCAAAUGUAAAAGAAGUAACAAUUUAUCAUUGUGAUUCGAUUUUAACAAGUCUUAAUCGAAUUCUUCCUUUACAUCAAUUGAAUAAAUUAGUUAUUGAUUCAAAGAAAUUUCGUGUUAAUGAAAUCUUGAAUUUAAUUGAGGUUACACCUAAUUUGAAGACAUUUCAAUUGUUUUAUUAUUCAUUUGAUGAAAAUCGAUUAAAAUUAAUUGAAGAAAAUGAGAUAUAUCAAUCUGUAAUAAAUAAAACUAAAAUUGAAAAUUUUCAAAUAAUUCAUUGUUGUUCAUUAAAAGAAAUCUCGUUUUUUAUGAAUUUAUUUCCAAAAUUAAAAUCAUUUGAAACUGGUUUAUUGAAAAAAGAAUUUAUUUUCAUAAUACAAUAUUUAUUAUUAAAUAUGGCUCAUUUGAAUUUUUUAUGUAUUAAAGAUUUAUCAGAAACUUAUUUAGAUAAAAUCAAUCUUUUAAUUGAAUCAAAUAAUUUACUCAAAGAUUAUUCUAUUAAACUUAUUGAUGAUGAUUUAUUUUUAUGGUGGCAUAGUUGCAUUGUGUGGGUUAGUCUUUGUUUGUUCAGUGUUGUUCCCUUUACCAGUGCUAUCAGCAUUGCGUCGCUUAAUUUCACAGAUCUUCCUUCUGAUAAUUUGAGCGGCAUAGUUGAUAAGAUUACCCCAUCAGUAGAAACAUUGUCUAUUGAGCACAGUGCGCCCAAAUGCUCAAGUAAAGAUCUUCCAAAUCUCUACGAUGCAAGUAUUAAAGAAUUACAAGAUGGUUUGAAGAAAAACUGCUUUACAUCAGUGGAUUUAGUCAAUGCCUACAUUGCACGCAUCGAUGAAGUCAACUUCAAAGGACCAACACUAAACGCAGUAAUUGAAAUUUCACCAAGUGCACUAAAAGCAGCUAUUUCGGCCGACACUCUGCGCAAGUCUGGUAAAGUAUUGUCUCCACUUCAUGGUAUCCCCAUCUUGCUUAAGGAUAAUAUUGCUACGCGUUCUGAAGAUGGAAUGAAUACGACAGCAGGAUCAUUUGCACUUCUUGGUAGCAUCACUCAAGGCGAGGCAACAGUAGCAGAGAAACUGCGUAAUGCUGGUGCAAUUAUACUCGGUAAGACUGCUCUCAGUGAAUGGGCAAAUUUUCGUGGAUUUAACAUACCAAACGGAUGGUCGGGCCGUGGCGGCCAGGCUACCAGCCCAUUCUAUCCACAAGGAGAUGCAUGUGGAUCAUCUACUGGUAGUGCAAUAGCUUCUUCAAUUGGACUGGCAGCUGCAACUUUGGGUACUGAAACCGACGGUAGUAUUAUAUGUCCAAGUAAUCGAAAUAAUGUUGUUGCAAUCAAGCCGACUGUUGGUCUUGUUUCUCGAAAUCUUGUUAUUCCAAUAUCACAAAAUCAAGAUACAGUUGGUCCAAUAUGCCGAUCUGUUGCCGAUGCUGCUGCUAUGCUGACUAUCAUUGCUGGUCGUGAUAGUGCAGAUAAUUAUACACUCUCUCAAGCGGAACAAGUUCCAUGUUAUACUGAUCAUUUAAAAAAAGAUGGUCUUAAAGGUGCACGGAUUGGGGUGCUUCGCCAUAUCUUUACCAACUCAACUUUCAACGGUUAUCCGAACUAUGUUAUUGCAGAAUUCAAUAAUACUAUUGAAAACGUCUUUAAGAAGCUCGGUGCCAUUAUUAUUGAUCCUGCUGAUCUUGAAACGGCUGACGAACUUGCCGCUUCCGAUAGUGAACUUACCGUGUUAACUUUCGAUUUAAAAUAUAAAAUUAAUGAGUAUCUUUCACAGCUCAAGUCAAUUCCUUCUGAAGUAAGAACCCUACAAGACCUAAUUAACUAUAAUAAUAUUCAUGCAGAUGUCGAAAUGCCACUUGGACGUGACAAUCAGAUAUUAUUCCUUAUGGCACAAAAUACCACUAAUCUUCAAGAUCCAAUUUAUCUCAACGCUCUAAAUACCAGUCGUGACCUUGGUGGACGUCGAGGUAUUGAUGCUACCCUCAAAAAGUACAAUCUUGACGCUCUAAUCGCUCCAUCGGAAGGUUUUACUACCACUCCAGCUGCAGUUGCUGGUUGUCCUAUAAUCACUGUUCCACUUGGUUUUCUACCCAACGAUACACAGGUGAUGACUGACGACGACACAAAUUCACUUAACUCACCAGUAUGGCCAGCACCUAACUUUCCCUUUGGAAUAUCCUUCAUGGGAACGGCCUACAGCGAAGCAAAGUUAAUCGAACUGGCUUAUUGUUACGAACAGGCAACACUUAAUAGAAACAAAGGCCAACCUUUUAAAGCUGCUAUUCCAAAAUCUCAGCUGUCGGAUAUUGUUCAUCGAAAAUAG